AGCCAGCAGUCUUGAGCUACCAACCGUUAGAGGUAGAGGAGUUAAAUCGGUGUUUUUCCAAAGUGUUCUCUUCUGUGAACUGACCUUUUACUUAGUUGUUUUUUUCUGUCUUGUGUAAAUUUAAGUUUCGCAGCUGUGGAGGAAUUCAUGUGGUCUUCCAUUGAGAAGAGGAGUUGAGAGAAGACUGAAGAAAUCGAAAACCAACGGCCAUGCUAAUUAGGUUAAGAGUGGCCGAAUUGGUCACCAUAUUUAUGUUAAGUAAUCUAAGGAUAUCAUCAUCUCAGGAAACGCCGAGCUUAUUUAGCUGUCCAAACGGAUGGGAACUUAGGGGAUUGUACUGUUAUAAGUUUUUCAAUAUUAACCAUUCGUGGGAGAAAGCGGCCGAUCUCUGCAGACGAUAUGGAAGUGAUUUGAUGGCAGUGGAGUCAUACACAGAGAAUAAUGUAACAGCAUCGAUAGCAGCACCAACAGUCGGUUUGGAACGGAGAAGUGCAAACCAUUAUUGGCUGGGCUUGGCAUCGUUAGAUGACCUAAAAACGAACACUCUAGAGUCGGCAGCGGGUACCCUCGUGUCACAGUACUCCGGAUUUUGGUCAUUGAAUCAACCCGAUCCAAAAUCAGGUGAAUGUGUCGACGUAGCACUAACGCGUGAUCGACAAUCAUGGGAAUUAACAACUUGCGAAAGUCUUUUACCCUUUAUGUGUCGAUCAAAAGCUUGCCCCGUUGGUUCCUUCCACUGUUCCAAUGGAAACUGUAUAAACGAAGCAUUCAAAUGCGACAAACAAGACGAUUGUGGCGAUUUCUCCGACGAAAUCGAUUGCGCAUCAAAUUGUAACUUUUACAUGGCGAGUAGUGGGGAUGUAGUCGAAAGCCCUUAUUAUCCUCAAAAGUACACCCCGCUAACCAACUGCAAAUGGACUUUAGAAGGUCCUCAAGGCCACAACAUCCUCCUCCAAUUUCAAGAAUUCGAAACGGAAAAAACUUUUGACACUGUACAAAUUUUUGCUGGGGGAAGAACCGAAGAUACCUCAGUUAAUUUAGCUACGUUAUCAGGAAAACAAGAUUUAACAAACAGAUCUUUUGUAUCAGCUUCGAAUUUUAUGAUCGUUAAAUUUAGUACUGAUGGAAGUGUUGAGAAGAAAGGAUUUAGAGCAUCUUGGAAAACUGAGCCACAAAUUUGUGGGGGUACAUUAAGAGCUACGCCGCAAGGACAAGUUUUAACAUCCCCCGGAUACCCUGAACAAUAUCCGGGAGGGUUAGAAUGUCUUUACAUCAUCCAAUCCCAACCAGGAAGAAUCAUAACUUUAGAAAUCGACGAUUUAGAUUUAGACAACACAAGAGAUUACAUUUUAAUUCGCGAUGGAAGUUCACCGAGAGAUCAACCGAUUGCUCGCUUAACAGGAGACUUAGAAAAUAACCCAAGAAUUGUGAUGUCCACAAAUAGCCAGUUAUAUCUUUAUUUCAAAACCAGUCUUGGUGAUUCCAAACGAGGAUUUAGAUUGAGAUACGCCCAAGGUUGUAAAGCAAUGAUUGUCGCUAAAAAUGGAACGUUAACAUCUCCAGCUUUUGGAUUAGCAAAUUAUCCGAGUAACCAAGAAUGUUUAUUUAAAAUUAAAAACCCCGGUGGCGGACCUUUAUCGUUAAACUUCAUCAAAUUUGAUGUUGAUAAAUCAGAUAACGUUCAAGUUUACGACGGAUCAAGCACAAGUGGAUUAAAAUUACAUUCGGGUUCAGGAUUUAGCGCUACCUCACUUCCAAAGAUUACUUUAACAGCUUCAAGUGGGGAAAUGUUGGUGAGAUUUACUUCGGAUGCGCUUCAUAACAGUAAAGGAUGGGAGGCGUCAUAUUCGGCUGAUUGUCCAGCCUUAAAACCGGGUUUUGGUGCUUUAUCUUCAAGCAGAGACACCGCUUUCAAAACGGUUAUAACAUUCACGUGUCCAACUGGACAAGAAUUUGCUACGGGCCAACAUAGAAUAACAACUACUUGCCUUCCCGGUGGAAAUUGGUCAAUCAGUUAUAUCCCUAACUGCCAAGAAGUUUAUUGCGGACCAGUUCCACAAAUAGAUAACGGUUUCUCCAUUGGUUCCACAAACGUUACUUAUCGAGGCCAAGCAACUUAUCAAUGUUACGCGGGAUUUGCCUUCCCAACUGGAAAACCAAUCGAAAAAAUUUCUUGUUUAUCCGACGGAAAAUGGGAAAAGAAACCAUCAUGUUUAGCAUCACAAUGCAGCACUUUACCAGAAGUACCACACGCAAACGUCACCGUUUUGAACGGUUUAGGAAGAAGUUAUGGCACGAUUGUUCGAUACGAAUGCGAACCCGGAUAUGUACGAAGUGGACAUCCGGUUAUUUUAUGUAUGAGUAACGGAACUUGGUCCGGCGAUGUCCCAUCGUGCACCAAAGCGAAAUGCCCGAAAUUUCCCGAAAUUCAAAACGGAUUUAUCACGGACACCUCAAGAAAUUACUAUUUCAAAGACGAAGCUCGCGUUCAAUGUUACAAAGGUUACAAACUCAUUGGAAGUAACAUAAUGAGAUGUGGCGAAAACCAAAUGUUUAACAACCCGCCUAAAUGCGAUGAUAUCAACGAAUGCGUUACGAGUCAAUGUGAUUUGGCUUCGACGGAAUGCAUGAAUACUCCUGGAUCGUUUUCGUGUAAAUGCAGAAAAGGAUUUGCACCUAAUUUGGAAUGUAGACCGGUUGGUGAUUUGGGUUUGAUCAACGGUGGGAUUCCUGAUGAUUCUAUAACGGUUUCGAGUGUGGAAGAGGGUUAUCAUAAAGGGAUGGUACGAUUAAAUAGUGGGGGUGGUUGGUGUGGGAACUCGCUAGAUCCUGGUUCAAAUUGGGUAUUAAUCGACUUGAAAGCACCAACAAUCAUCAGAGGUUUCAGAACGAUGAGUAUAUCAAGACCGGAUGGAACGGUAGCUUUUACAUCGGCAGUUAGAAUCCAAUACACCGAUGAUUUAACGGAUGUCUUCAAAGAUUACCGAAAUCCUGACGGAACAGCAGUUGAGUUUAGAAUUUUAGAACCAACCCUUUCCAUUUUAAAUUUACCAGUUCCCAUUGAAGCGCAAUACGUGAAAUUUAAGCUACAAGAUUUCGUGGGAUCUCCUUGUCUUAAACUGGAAGUAAUGGGAUGUACAAGAUUGGAAUGUGCUGAUAUUAACGAGUGCGCAAUUGAUGAUGGGGGUUGUGAACAAAAGUGUAUAAAUAGCCCCGGGGAUUAUUCUUGUGGAUGUACCGUUGGAUACGAGUUAUACACAAAGAAUGGAACUGCUGGGUUUAACAUCGAAAAAAGCGAAAACGGAGUCCGCGACGGAGAUACUUACCAAAUUAAUAAAACUUGCGUCCCAGUUAUGUGCCCAACACUUAAUCCCCCCGAAAACGGCAUCAUCAUAUCAACGAAAGAAAAAUUCCACUUUGGAAAUAUUGUACGGUUCCAAUGUAAUUUUGGAUAUGUUAUGGCUGGAUCUUCAGCUUUAAUUUGUACAAGCACCGGGGCUUGGAAUGGAACAGUUCCAACAUGCCAAUACGCUAAUUGUGUUUCACUUCCUGAUGAUAAAGGAGAAGGACUUAAAGUACUUCGGGCUGAUGAUACAAGCGUUUUAGUUCCGUUCCGUGAAAAUGUAACUUUAAAUUGUGGCCUCAAUGGAAGAGAUCUAAGAAAAACUUCAACAUCUAGUUUUAGACAAUGCGUUUAUGACCCAAAACCUGGUCUACCCGAUUAUUGGCUAAGUGGUUCAAAACCGGCCUGUCCAAAAUCAAACUGUGGGAAACCUCCACCAACACCCGGGGCGGUUUACGGAGACUUCGUCGACACAAAAUAUCAAUCCUCUUUCUUUUUCGGUUGCCAAAACACUUUUAAAAUGGCUGGGCAAAGUAGUAAACACGAUAACGUCGUUAGAUGCCAAGCAAAUGGAGUUUGGGAUUUCGGCGAUUUACGAUGUGAAGGUCCCGUUUGUGAAGACCCGGGAAGACCUAGCGAUGGAUAUCAAUUAGCUAGAAGUUACGAACAAGGUUCUGAAGUUAGUUUUAAUUGCAAUCGGCCCGGUUAUAUCUUAAUCAACCCAAGACCAAUAACCUGCGUUCGAGAACCCGAAUGCAAAGUCGUUAGACCAUUAGGAUUAGCAUCCGGCUUAAUUCCCGAUUCUGCAAUUAAUGCGACCACGCAACGACCGAAUUACGAAGCGAAAAAUGUUAGAUUAAACUCCGUAACCGGUUGGUGUGGCAAACAAGAAGCUUUUACUUACGUAAGUGUGGAUUUAGGAAAAGUUUAUAGAGUAAAAGCUAUCUUGGUGAAAGGAGUAGUAACUAAUGAUAUCGUUGGAAGACCAACUGAAAUUCGCUUCUUCUAUAAACAAGCCGAACAUGAAAACUACGUCGUUUAUUUCCCAAAUUUUAAUUUGACGAUGCGAGAUCCCGGAAAUUACGGCGAAUUAGCGAUGAUCUCCUUGCCAAAAUACGUCCAAGCAAGAUUUGUUAUCUUAGGAAUUGUGAGUUAUAUGGAUAACCCUUGCUUAAAAUUCGAAUUAAUGGGGUGUGACGAACCAGAGGAAGAACCACUUUUGGGGUACGAUUACGGAUAUUCUCCAUGCGUCGAUAACGAAACACCAGUAUUCCAAAAUUGUCCCCAACAACCAAUUGUUGUAGAAAAAGACGCAAACGGGGGGCUUCUCCCCGUUAAUUUCACCGAACCAACAGCCGUAGAUAACUCUGGGAGCAUCGCCCGAUUAGAAGUAAAACCACAACACUUCAAAACACCUGCUUAUAUUUUUGAAGACACCGUUGUUAAAUAUGUCGCGUUUGAUUACGAUGGAAACGUUGCAAUUUGCGAAAUUAACAUCACCGUACCAGAUAACACCCCCCCAAAAUUAAGUUGCCCGCAAAGUUACGUCAUCGAAUUAGUUGAUCGCCAAGAUAGUUACGUAGUAAACUUCAACGAAACUCGUCGAAGAAUUAACGCAACCGAUGCUUCAGGAGAAGUCUUCGUUACUUUUACUCCGGAUAGAGCGUCAAUUCAAAUCGGGGGAUACGAAAAUGUAACAGUAACUGCAGCAGAUAAAUACGGAAAUAAAGCGCAUUGUCACUUCCAAGUUUCAGUCCAAGCAACGAGAUGUGUUGACUGGGAAUUAGAAGCACCGGUAAAUGGGGCGAAAACUUGUAGCGCAACGGAUCGUGGUCUUCAAUGCGUCGCCAGUUGUAACCCCGGGUAUCGAUUCACCGAUGGUGAACCAGUUAAAACAUUCUCUUGUGAUCCAAAAACAACUUGGAAACCAACUUCCGUUGUACCAGAUUGUGUCUCUGAGGAUACUCAACAAGCUGCUUAUCACGUUGUGCCAACAAUUAAAUAUCGGGCAAAUGGGGCUGUGCCACAAAGUUGUAUGAAACAGUACAUGGAUUUACUUGGGCAAUAUUAUCAAGAUAUGAAUAAGAUAUUAACGCAACGUUGUUCUGCGGUUAAUGUAAACAUGAAUGUAUCUAUCAUCAAAGGAGUCCCGACGUUAGUUGAAGAGAAUGUGGUUAAAAUCGAUUAUAUCCUUGCUGUGAUACCCGCAGUGAGACAACCUCAACUUUAUGAACUUUGCGGAUCAACACUUAAUUUAAUUUUUGAUCUCUCCGUGCCAUAUGCAAGCGCAGCAAUUGAUAUUCUUCUAAACAUUCAAUCGAUUUCUAAUCAAUGCCCACCUCUUAAGGCUCUUUCUUCAAAUAUCACCAGAGGAUUCACUUGCAGUGUUGGAGAAGUUCUUAAUAUGGAUACAAAUGAUGUUCCACGUUGUUUGCAUUGUCCUGCAGGAACCUUUGCUGGGGAAAAACAAAAAGAAUGUAGUUAUUGCCCACAUGGAUUUUAUCAAAAUUUAGAUCGACAAGGAUCUUGUAUGCGGUGCCCAACUGGUACUUACACUAAAGAAGAAGGUUCGAAGAGCAUCAACGACUGUAUUCCUGUUUGUGGUUAUGGAACUUAUUCCCCAACUGGUCUUGUACCUUGCUUGGAAUGUCCAAGAAAUAGUUACACUGGUGACCCACCGACCAGCGGAUUUAAAGAAUGUCAAGCUUGCCCCGCAAAUACUUUUACUUAUCAACCCGCAGCGCCAGGAAAAGAUUAUUGUCGCCCGAGAUGUAACCCCGGAUUUUAUUCCCCAACCGGAUUAGCUCCUUGUUCUGCUUGCCCGCGAGAUUUCUACCAACCAAAAACCGGCCAAACCACCUGCAUGGAAUGCUCAUCAAAUAUGCGAACAGAAAAUUCAGCUUCAACCGGAAGAGAAGCGUGCCAAUCAGUGCAAUGUACUGAAGGGGCUUGCCAACACGGAGGUCUUUGCGUACCAAUGGGGCACGGAAUUCAAUGUUUCUGCCCAGCUGGAUUUUCUGGGCGACGUUGCGAAAUUGAUAUCGAUGAAUGUUCCUCACAACCGUGUUAUAACGGAGGAACUUGUAUUGAUCAACCCCAAGGAUAUAAAUGUCAAUGUCCACCCGGUUAUUCCGGAAUAAACUGCCAAGAUGAACGAUCUGAUUGUGGAAAUAACACUUGUCCCGAACGAGCGAUGUGCAAAGAUGAACCCGGAUACAACAAUUACACAUGCUUAUGCAGAUCUGGAUACACCGGAGACGAUUGUGAUAUCACAAUUGAUCCUUGUUCAGCCAACGGAAAUCCUUGCAGUAACGGCGCAACUUGCAUGGCUUUACAACAAGGAAGAUUCAUGUGCCAAUGUCUCCCAGGUUGGGAAGGUCAAAUUUGCGAAAUCAAUACCAACGAUUGCGCCGAAAACCCUUGUUUACUAAACGCAAAUUGUACAGAUCUCGUAGCAGAUUUUAGUUGUUCAUGCCCGCCAGGAUUUAAAGGAAAACGCUGCCAAGAAAAAAUCGAUUUAUGCGCCAAAAUCCCAUGCAAAAACGGCGUUUGCGUUGACAAACUCUUCUACCACCAAUGCGUCUGUCAACCCGGUUGGACUGGAGAAGCUUGCGAAUCCAACAUCAACGACUGCAUGAGUAACCCUUGCGAACACAGCGGCCAAUGCAUUGAUUUAAUCGACGAUUACACUUGCACCUGCGAACCUGGAUUCACCGGAAAGAGAUGUCAACAUCAAAUCGAUUUUUGCGCUUCGAAACCGUGCCAGAACGGUGCAAGUUGCAUGAAUCAAGUGGAAGGAUUUACUUGUAAGUGCAGACCGGGUUUUGUCGGACUACAAUGCGAAGCAGAAAUUGAUGAGUGUCUAAGUGAUCCUUGCAAUUCCGCCGGAACGGAAAGAUGUGUUGAUUUGGAUAAUAAAUUUUUGUGUAUGUGCCGUGAAGGUUACUCUGGGGUUUAUUGCGAAGAAAAUAUCGAUGAUUGCGUCUCAGAACCUUGCUUAAAUGGGGGUACUUGCCGAGAUAACGUUGGAGGAUAUCAAUGUAUUUGCCCUCCUGGUUGGAGCGGAGUUAAUUGCCAAUAUGAUAUUGGAACAUGCCAAAGUACACCGUGUCAAAAUGAUGCAAGAUGUAUUAAUUUAUUCCAAGAUUUCUUUUGUGUAUGUCCAUCUGGAACGGACGGAAAACGUUGCGAAAUUGCACCUCAACGCUGCCUUGGAAAUCCUUGUAUGCACAGUGGGAAAUGCCAUGAUUUCGGAUCGGGUCUAAACUGUUCUUGCGCGAAUAGUUUCACUGGAAUUGGGUGUCAAUACGAAUACGAUGCGUGUCAAUCAGGUGAUUGCAAGAAUGGGGCAACUUGUUUAAAUCACGGAAAUGGAUUCCAAUGUGUUUGUCCUUCGGGAUAUACAGGAAGAUUUUGCGAUGAAGAUAUCGUUGAUUGCAAAGAAAACUCUUGCCCACCGAGCGCAACUUGUAUUGAUUUAACCGGAAAAUUUUAUUGCCAGUGUCCUUUUAAUUUAACUGGAGAGGAUUGUAGGAAAACAAUUUCAGUGGAUUAUGAUUUGUACUUUAGUGAUUCAUCGAGAAGCUCAGCUUCUCAAGUUAUUCCUUUCUACACCGGAUCACCUUCAAGUCUUACAAUCGCGAUGUGGGUCCAAUUUAUUGAGAAAGAUGAGAGUGGAAUCUUUUUCACUUUAUAUGCAGUCUCGUCUAAACACGUCGCUAAUGACCGAAAAGUUUUGAUACAAGCAAAUUCAAACGGAAUCCAAGUUUCGCUUUUCCCCGAUAUCCAAGAUGUUUAUCUCAGUUAUAGAGAUUACACCACCAUAAACGACGCUCAAUGGCACCACAUCGCAAUCGUUUGGGAUGGAGACAACGGCGGGGAAUUAAAGUUAAUAACCGAAGGAUUAAUCGCGAGUAAAGUGGAGGGUUAUGGUGGAGGAAGAAAGUUAUCAGAAUAUGGUUGGGUAACUUUGGGUAAACCAAGAUCGGGAAAUCCAAAAGCAUACACGGAAUCUGGUUUUCAAGGGCAUUUAACAAAGGUGCAAAUUUGGGGUCGCGCUUUGGAUGUUACAUCAGAAAUUCAAAAGCAAGUGCGCGAUUGUAAAACGGAACCGGUUCUUUACCGAGGUUUGGUAUUAACUUGGGCUGGAUAUGAAGACACCGCCGGAGGCGUUGAAAGGAUUGUGCCAUCGGUUUGUGGGCAAAGAAAAUGUCCAUCUGGAUACGUCGGACCUCGCUGUCAAGAACUGCAAGUUGAUAAAAUACCACCUCGCGUUGAAUAUUGCCCAGGGGAUCUUUGGGUUAUUGCCAGAAAUGGAUCUGCGAUUGUUAGCUGGGAUGAGCCUCAUUUUAGUGAUAACGUUAAAAUCGAAAAAAUACAAGAAAGUAAUGGACAUCGUCCGGGGCAAACCCUGUUAUGGGGGGUUUAUCAAAUCGCUUAUGUUGCGUAUGACGCAGUGGGAAACACGGCGACUUGCACGUUUAAAAUCUCGGUUUUAUCCGAAUUUUGUCCGGAAUUACCAGAACCUAUAGGUGGGGUCCAAACUUGUAAAGAUUGGGGCGCGGGGGGUCAAUUCAAAGUUUGCGAAAUUUCUUGCAACCCCGGAUUAAGUUUUUCACAAGAAGUUCCUAAAUUCUAUACUUGCGGAGCUGAAGGAUUUUGGCGACCAACACAAAAUCCUAGUUUACCCAUGAUUUAUCCGGCUUGCUCACCAGCAAGACCAGCUCAAAGGGUAUUUAGAAUCUCAAUGCUUUUCCCGACAUCUGUGCUUUGCAACGAAGCCGGUCAAGGAGUUCUUCGACAAAGAGUAAAGAACGCGGUUAAUGCCUUGAAUAGGGAUUGGAACUUCUGCUCAUUUUCCGUGGAAGGAACAAGGGAGUGCGAAAAACUUGAUAUUGGAGUUAAAUGUGAACACAAAGUGAAUCGGAUUACGAGAGAAGCGAAAGAAGAAGAUGAAAGAGAAAUUUAUGUUUUAGAUGCUGAGGUUCCAAUUAAAUCCAAAACCAGGCAAGGACGACAACAAUCUGGUGACACCUACGAUAUUGAAAUAUCUUUCCCAGCAGUCAACGAUCCCGUAAUAAACUCCAACACAAAUGAACGCUCAAUCGUAAAGGAUCUCCUUGAAAAAUUGAUUUUGGAGGAAGCUCAAUUUGACGUCCACGAUAUUUUACCGAACACAGUUCCAGAUCCGUCUUCUCUCAUCCUCGAUUCAGAUUACGCGUGUCCUGUUGGACAAGUUGUUAUGGCCCCUGAUUGUGUACCAUGCGCACAAGGAAGUUACUACGAAAAAGAAACAAAGAAAUGUAUUUUAUGCCCAAUGGGUUCCUAUCAAAGCGAAACCGGUCAAACUCAAUGCAUGUCGUGCCCUGUUAUCGCUGGAAGACAAGGAGUAACAAUCGGUCCUGGUGCAAGAAGCGCCGCGGAUUGCAAAGAACGAUGCCCGGCUGGGAAAUAUUACGACCACGACGCUGGUUUAUGCAGGAGUUGCGGGUACGGAUUCUAUCAACCCGAUGAGGGACAAUUCUCCUGCAAAAUCUGCGGAUUAGGAAAAACGACGAGAACUAACGAAGCAACUUCCGUUAAAGAAUGCAGGGAUGAAUGUGGAAGUGGAAUGCAAUUGGCGGUUGAUGGAAAAUGCGAACCUUGCCCAAGAGGAACUUAUCGCAUGCAAGGAAUACAAGCAUCCUGCUUACCAUGCCCCUUAGGAAGAACAACCCCAAAAGUCGGCGGGGUUAGCAUCGAAGAAUGCUCAUUGCCAGUUUGUACACCCGGAACAUACCUAAACGGGACCUUAAACAGUUGCGAAGAAUGUAAAAAAGGAUGGUACCAACCCGAAUCUCAACAAACAACUUGCUUACCGUGCCCACCAAACACAAGCACGAAAGGGCCGGGCGCUAUAAACGCGGCGGAAUGCACGAAUCCUUGUGAAAUGAUGGGUUCUAACAUGCAUUGUGACCCCAACGCUUAUUGUUUAUUGAUACCGGAAACCAGCGACUUCAAAUGUGAAUGUAAACCGGGAUUUAACGGAACCGGAAAAGUUUGUAUCGACGUUUGUGAUGGUUACUGCGAAAACGAUGGUCAUUGUGUUAAAGACGUUCGAGGACUCCCCACUUGUAGAUGCAUCGGAAGUUUCACCGGAAAACAUUGCGCCGAAAAAUCCGAAUUUGCCUACAUCGCGGGUGGUAUCGCAGCUUCAGUUAUAUUAAUCAUUUUCAUCGUGCUUUUAAUAUGGAUGAUUUGCGCGCGAGCGAAUCGUAGGAGAGAACCAAAGAAAUUAUUAACACCCGCAACUGAUCAAAACGGAUCGCAAGUUAAUUUCUAUUAUGGAGCACCUCCAUACGCCGAAAGUAUAGCGCCUAGCCAUCAUUCGACUUAUGCCCAUUAUUACGAUGACGAAGAGGACGGUUGGGAAAUGCCCAAUUUUUACAACGAAACGUAUAUGAAAGAAAGUUUACAUAAUGGGAUGAAUGGGAAAAUGAAUAGUUUAGCCAGAUCGAAUGCGAGUAUUUAUGGUACUAAAGAUGAUUUAUAUGAUCGAUUGAAAAGGCAUGCGUAUCCAGGAAAAAAAGAUAAAAGUGAUAGCGACAGCGAAGCUGGUCAAUAAGACUUGGUUCAAUUCUGGUCAAAACUAAAAUACGCUCAAUCAGCAUAACCAUCAUUUAAAAAAAUAUAUAAAAAAUAGUGUUUAGUGAACAAACUAUUUUUUUAAAUAACAGUGACUUAAGAAACAUUGACUCUUUUUAUGUAUAUUGUUGAUAUUUAUGAAGAUUAGAUUUUUUGAGUGGUGGAGACGUUUUUUCUUUUAAAUUAAGAAUGAAAAACAUAACCAAUGAUGUUUUAUAACUACACCGUUUUGUUUAUAUUUUUUUUAUAUUAUAAAUAAAAAAUUUCACAAAUUAUUUAUAUUCACCUUUAAAUAAAUUUAAGCAAAUCCGAUUUUUUUAUAAAUAUACAAAUGUACUUAUUAUAUUAACGUUAUUUUGUUAAUACUGUAUCAUUUUCUAUUAAACUUUUAGUCAUGUUCGCGUAAAAUUAUUUUACUUCUUUAUAUUUUUAGUCAUAGAUGUAAUUAAAACUUGUGUAAUUUAAAUAAAUAUUUGUAUUUAGGUGCGUGUGUGAUUGAAGUGUUCAAAAAAAAUUGAGUGAAUAAAAAAUA